CUGUAUUCAAUCUUGACGCCUCUGGUAGACUGUUACCCUAAAGGCCUAAACCCUCAGCACAGCGGAAGGUGUUUCUUUCUCAGUUGCAGCCUUCAGGGGAGUCCAAGGUCUGUGCCGCCGGUGAGAUAUAUCGGAAAAGUUCUCCGUCGAAACCGUAUACGCCCCAAAAUGGGAAUGGAAAAAGAGCCUCAGAAACCUCAGCAAGUCUCAUACACAGUGGAGCAGCUGGUAGCUGUGAAUCCUUACAAUCCCGACAUCCUCCCCGAUCUUGAAAACUACGUCAAUGAGCAGGUUGCCUCACAAACAUACAGCUUAGAUGCAAAUCUCUGCCUUCUUCGCCUUUAUCAGUUUGAGCCAGAGCGGUUGAGCACCCAAAUUGUUGCUCGCAUUUUGGUUAAGGCCCUCAUGGCAAUGCCGGCUCCAGAUUUCAGCCUUUGUCUCUUUUUGAUCCCAGAAAGAGUGCAAAUGGAGCAGCCGUUCAAGACUCUGAUUGUCCUCUCCCAUUAUCUUGAGACUGGUGGAUUUCGUCAAUUCUGGGAUGAAGCAGCUAAGAGUCGACAUAUUGUUGAAGCUGUACCAGGGUUUGAGCAAGCUAUCCAAGCCUAUGCGGUUCACGUCCUUUCCUUGACCUACCAAAAGGUUCCUAGGUCCGUCUUAGCAGAGGCCAUCAACAUCGAAGGCUUGGCACUGGAUAAAUUCCUUGAACAGCAAGUGGUAAACUAUGGGUGGGUUUUAGAGAUGGGCCAAGGUGGUGGACAAAUCAUUGCUCUUCCAAAGACAGAAUUCAACCAUCCUGAGCUCAAGAAGAACUCUGGCGAUGCAGUCCCAUUGGACCACAUCACUCGCAUCUUCCCCAUUCUUAGCUGAAUCUUUUUGAACAUCACAGCUGGAUCUGGCUCAACAUAUUAUGAAGCCAGCAGUGACCUGCGAAUUAGGGUUUGGGACCUUAUGUUUUAGUAUUUCAUGAUUACGUGAACAGCCUUGCCUUGAGUCUUCAUGGACAUGAUAAUAGACACUAGAAAACUGACCUUGAGAAUUUCAGAGGAUCAUAUGAGGUGAUAGGUGAUUGCUUUGCUGCCUUAAUUUAUCUGGACCAGAUUUGGACUUUGAUGCCCUUGUGUUACCCAGAAGAAAGACCAUACAUAAAUGGUGCGCCUGAUGAUGAGACAGAUGGCAUAAUAGAAAACAUUGUGCAGUAUUCUAUUACUGGUGGAAGAAAGAAAAAGGAAGAAUAUGGUUCUACUUUAAAGAAACCAGAC